UUACACUCUCUGUAGUUUGCCUUCUUGACACACCUUUUGUUGUCUCGUCUAGCUACUAGCUAGAGUUGGCUAACCGUUGCUAGCUAGCGAACAUCACCCGCCAGCGGUGAAGUUUAGUUAGGGCAAAACAGCAACUCUGAAGCCGAGGGAGUCGACACGUGACGGCUGACACCCUGCCAGGAUGAGUGGUGAUGAAGUGAACCCAGCUGCAGUGGCAAAGCCAGUAGAGGAUGCGCAAGGAGAUGACCGGUGGAUGUCUCAGCACAUAAGAUUUGUGCAGGAGUGUAAGGAUGCUGAACCAGACGUGCUUUUUGUGGGAGAUUCUAUGAUACAACUAAUGAAGCAGUAUGAGGUCUGGAGGGAGUUAUUCUCUCCUCUUCAUGCGCUCAACUUUGGCAUUGGAGGGGACAACACCUGUAAUGUGCUGUGGAGGCUGCAGAAUGGAGAGCUGGAUAACAUCCGUCCCAAGGUGGUGGUGUUGUGGGUAGGAACCAAUAACCACCAACACACAGCAGAGCAAGUUGCAGGAGGAGUUCAUGCUAUUGCGCAACUGCUCACCUCCCGCCUACCCAAGGCGAAGAUAGUUGUUCUGGGUCUGUUGCCUCGAGGGGAGCGACCCAACCCCCUGAGGGAGAAAAACGCGGCGGUUAACGAGAUUCUGUGCGACUCGCUGCCGCGGCUGGGCCGGGCUCAGCUCCUGGACGUGAGCCGGGAGUUUGUUCACUCUGACGGCGCCAUCAGCCCGCAGGACAUGUUUGACUUCCUCCACCUGACGCCCACAGGCUACCGCAAGCUGUCCAAGCCUCUCAGUGACCUGCUGCUGCAGAUCCUGGAAGAGAAGCCAGGGGAGCGGCGGGCCCCCCUGGUUUGAGGGGCCCCGGCCCAGCACCACAUUUAUCUAGUGGUAUGUCUCACCCGCUGCUCUGGGAGACGGGGGAGACAUGUCCCUGGUAUCUGGAGGAGGAAGGGCUCACUCAUAGGGUGGGGGGGAGGCACACCGAUGUGAGUGGGCCCUGAAGGGGUGUGGGAUCACAUACAUGAGGGAUGGGUGUGGAGAGGGAGAGAGACCUCACUACAGACGUACACACUGUGAAUGCAAAAGGUUUACCAAUGUCAGCCUACUAUGAAUUAUAGACGGAUAUACCGAGCUCACGCAGGACUGCAGUGGAACACACACAUUAAUUAGUCAAUAAAAGUGUGUUUCCAUCUGGGAUAUGAUGCAAAACAGAAAAACGAUGACAUUUCUUCUUCUGUGAUUCGACUGCAAAACAGUUAGCUGUGUGAACUUUAUGUUAAUACAUAAGAAGUGCACUGCUCCACACAUACAGAACGAGAACGUUAAAAAACAUUGAACAAUGUUAUGAGUCUGACCUGUGUGAUGCAGAGCAGUGGUUCCCAACCCGAGGGUCAAGGCCCCCUAAGGUGGCACCACAAAUGUUAAAGGUCAAAAGAUAGUUAAGAGUUAAGAUGGGAAAAUACACUUACCUUUUCAGCCAAAUUGAAACAAUCUGAGAAGUAAAGUAACCUUUUAAGGUCGCCUGGUCCAAGGGUCGGGAAUCACUGUCUUUAUACAAUUAGGUAUCGCACUAUUUAAAAAAAAUCUCACUAUUAGAUGAUUUUGCUUUAAUAAUCCAGUUUAGCAAAAGUCAUACAAAUUACACACAUUUACUUUGAUAUCGUUUUGUCUGUCCAGCUCUUCAUGUUUAUUACUUCAUUUACUCAGCAAGACAAGAGCACUCUAAAUGUUUACUUUUGAAUUAAGUCAAUACUUGGAAGUCAUUUUUAACCUAUCAAUAUCAGAUAUAUCCGUGUAUAUCCGGGGAGAUAACUGCUUCCCAACAAACCACACAUUCACCACGCUUCUGUCUUAAGUGAUUGAACAUCAAGUGAAAAUCAUGUCGUCCUAUUUACUCAUUUAUGAUGAUCCCUGAUCACUAACACAAACACCUUUGUGUAAAACGUGUGAUUACAUUUUACUUGUACAUUUUACAGAUACAUCUACUGUGACAUUUGAUGUCUUAAAACUAGCGUUUCAAACGUUUUGUGUUGCCAAAACCGAGACCUGCCGGCUUUUUUAAAUUGUGAUCGUACUGUUUCAUAAGCUUUGCAGUGCAACCGAGCACUUGAUUUUAUUUUUAUUUUUCAAAAUGAAGUAAAAUAAAUGGGGAUUCUCGCUUCAGCUCCAGUCCUCGUGUUAUUCCAUAUGAAAAUACAGAUGGAUUUGGAAAAUCUUCUCUGUCUGUAUCUCACACUAAUGUUAAAACACUAGCAGCCUAACACUUUGACAAGCACAUGCUCUCUCUCCUUCUCCCUCCUAAAUACAUGGAUAUUCAGUAUUCUCUCUAAAAAGCACCUCUUUAUUCUGCUUCUCGCCUCCUCGUCUCUCCCUGUUGUAUUUAUAGUCAACUCUCCCCCUCGGCCCUGACAUCUGUAGUUACUGAAUCUUUUUAGGAAUAAAAAGUAGUCACAUGCUUAAUCUCCUGAACACGGCUAUGCUGAUCAUUGUCGCGCGAAAUGCUAAAAAGCAAAUACAAUUCACCUUAAAAAAAACAUGACGUCUGUUAGCUUCUGCUGUAGCUGUUUCUUCAUGAGUCAAAUGAUCCGAUGUUGCUGUCUUAAGCUCUGCACGCCUGUGUGCUGUGUGAUAUAUAAAUGGUGUAUGUGUGUGUGCCUUAAGUGUUCCUAGGGAUGGUUGUGUACAGUAUGUCUGGUACUGGAUUGUGUAAGUUGGACAUAUGAGUGUCUUAACUGUGACCCCCGCUGUAUAUAAGACGUGAAGCUUGAGGAAAUGAUGUUUGAAGGGGGUUCAGAUUGUGGGAGUCUGUGUUUGGUGCGAUACAACAUGUGCACUGUUUGGCUCAUGUCAUGUUGAGGUAAAGCAUUCCAAUAAAGAAAACAAGGAUCUGA